UUUUUAAAUCAUGAGAGAUUAAAUUUCUUUUAUGGCUGAAAUUAAAACACUCACAAUUUGACCUUUAGCUGGUAGAAAGGAUUCCUCCCCUUUUCUCACUUUCCCCCUCCCACCACCAUACUAUUAGUCAUACCUUCAGGUUUCUUUCAUCCCUCCCUUCCAGUAUUCUUUUCUCCAUCCCAUUCCACCACCUUCCUGCCUUCAUUAGGAAGGUUUGUCCCCCCACUUUCUGUCCGCCUUCGUUGCCUAGGAGCUUCCGCCCUCUAUACCCACCUCUAUGCACCCUAGUUCCUAUCUGUCCACAGUCUCCCUCAACCUUUAUCACCUAAAACUAGCUGAUUAACCUUUCCACCCUCCGCCACCCCGGUAAUGCUUCCCACCCAAAAUCCUUAAUCAUCUCAGAUUGACUAGGCAUUUCACUCUCUUACCAUUCCUCUUUUCCUCCACAUACCUCUCACCCACCACACUGCUAUACGCUGCACCUUUUCCAGCUUCCUUGUCUCUGUUAAUAUGUAGGGAUCACAGACGCAUACUUCAUCUAUGGUCCAACCAAUGUGGGGUAUGCUUUUUCCCUUACCCUUGACCUCACUGCUCCAUGUAGAGUCCUGCCAUGUUAGCCCAGCACUCUCCUCCCCUUACUUUACCCACUGAACCUGUUUGGUUCAUCCCAGUUUAUUUUGCAGGGUCACACGCUGGGUACUUAUACUCUUCUGCCUCCUUUAUCACCUGCCGCUUCCAGCUGUACACUUCCCUCGUUACCUUUCUCUUCCUCAUGAAUCUAGCCAUCUUUGUCUUUCCAACAUUCAGCAACAUCCCGUUAUCCUUUGUACGUUGUUUUAGCCUAAUAUGUCCCCCUGCAGGUGUACCCUUAUCCCAUCACCUCAUACACCACACAAUCAUCUGCAAACAUUAAUCCUCACCUCUAUUUCAUCUCCUAUAUCGUUCAUCAUUAUCAUGAAAAAUGGGCCCCAACACACUUCCUUGUGGCACUCCUACACGUCAUUUCCCCUCUUCAGAUCUUUCUUUUCUCACUCUCACCCUCUGUCUUCUUUCCUGAUGAAGGCUCCUACCCAAUUUACCACCCUUUCAACCUUUAUCAAUAACUCUAGCUUCUUCAUUAGACUCUUGUGCGGUACUUUGUCAAAGGCCAUUUCAAAAUUGAUGAAUAUUGCGUGUGUUUGUUCCCCCCCCCCCCCCCCUUCUCAAACACCACUCCCACCAAAUUUUCCAGUAACCUUGCCAUCUACAUUUCACACAAAAAGCCUUUCCUGAAACCAUGCUUUCUAUUGUCACCCCCCCCCCCCCCUCUCCCUCAUAAGUCAUACAUUUUUCCCAAUACAUACCUUUACACCAGCUUCUCUAUAUCUUUCCUUAUUACCCUACACUGUGACGCCAUCCCCGCUGCCUGAUUUGAAUUUACGUGAAUUAGAAAUGUUUUGAUUAAUUUUGAUCUCAAGGGCGGGGUUCCUGGCCUCGUGGCUGCAGGCAGGGACGCGUCGGCAAAGGGCUCCCCGGGCUGUUAUGGCCUCCCAGGACGCCGUAUUAGUAAAAACACACACGUACUUUUAACUGGUUUAUUCCGUCACACACGUUACACUUGACACGCUCACGCGACUGGCCGCUUCAUCGUCGACCUAUGCUCCACCUACACCACCCUCUCUUGGCGGUACUCGUUACGGCCGCUCAGUGGCCCGGCGGCUAGUACAUUAAGAGGGGUAGUUACCCGGCGAGAGGCGAGAUGAAUGCUCAGGUGAGCAGCAAGCCUGGUUCUGCGCCCGAGAGAGUCUGGGCGGGGCGUGAUAUGAAGUACGCUUACGGCGGGUUACACAAAGUUACUAACACAGAAACAAUACACUAAAGUCACCAGGGCUAGUCCCGGGUUCGGACCAGGUCCGGGUGUCCCACUCAGGUGGUCACACAAUGGCGGCUACUCCGCGUGGUGGCGAGGGCCACGUUAUACUGGGUACGGGCAUGGCGGAAUCCGGCGGGAUAUCACGUCCGUGACCGUCACACGUCCCAGUUGAUGAAUCGUCCGUAAACUUAUUCUCGCGUUUGGCACAGUGCCGCCCCGCAUGGGCGAUGAACUAAUUCCCCGUGGGGGUUUUGAUAGCGUGAGGCGCAGGCGCCACAGCGGGCCGCCUAUUUAACUUACUUAUCACAAGAAAGGCUCGGUGGCGAGCCACACAUUAUAUUUAAAGACCGUACGAAAUUUCAUACGGCCAGUUAGGGCCGACCGGGAAGCUGUUGAAACGGUUUGACUAUAAUUACCUAUUGUAGUUAAUGAUGAAUUGGCGCGAAAGGUGAGUGCUUCCCGUGCGCGGGGCUGCCGGCCCUGGCGAGUCACCGAUGACGACUCACUAACCUCCCUGGCCACCGGGGCCAGGGAGGGGGGAAUUUCCGCGGGAAACUGCGGAGCGCGGGAAGAUGAUUUCGGCCAGUUUUGUGAAUGAUACCAGUUUACAAAAUGAUUAUUGAAUUAAUAUUAAUUAUUAGUUAUUUCACAAGUAUUAGUUUUUGUUUGUUUUAUCGAAUGCAUGAACAAAUUAUUUAGUUGCGCAGUGCCACACCCGGCCGGGCGCUUUGCACACGUAGGGGGCUGUGACUGUCACGCCGUUCGGGGCACUGCACUACGUUGCACACACGGGCGCGUUCGAGGCGCGGCACUGAUCAGGUGUUGAGGACACAUAACGGCCUGUGCUCUCAGAGGGAGCACUGACGGCGGCGUCAACUGUAGUCAGACUAACUGGCCUUAACCAGAUUUGCCUUAUUCCUAUCGCCAUUGUAAAUCGGUUCCAAUACCACUUUCUUCCAAGGAUUGCUUGAAUACCACUGUUAGGUAUCUGCAACUUGAGGUGGCUGUUCUUUAUCCCAUCAAGCCCAGCUGUCUUCCUCCCCUUCAAACCCCUAAACUCCUUUCACAGUCUCUGCUUCUUUCUUACCUUCCCAUACCUCUCCUCUUACAAUACUGAUAGGUACUGAUCCUGUUACAAAUUUGCCUUCUUCUGGUCCCCUCCUCAUUCAUGCCCCUCUCUUCUCCUGAGCACCACUUUUCCCUCCUCUCCCUUAAAUCUUUGUAUAUAGCUGUAAACAUUCAACCGUUUUCCGUUUCCCCCUCCACCCAUUAGCCUUUCCACGUAAGCAUCCAUUGCCUCCCUUGUUUUCCUCUCCAGUUCCUUACCUAGCUCCUUCAUCUCUGCUCUUAUCCCCCCAUCCUGCAUUCCUGUCCCAUGUAUGCAGCCUCCUGCACUUUCUCUUCAAAAACCUUACGUCCCUCCAAUGGUAGGGAGAAUCACCCCUUUUUUCCUACUUACCUUUCAAGCACAAAUUCCUCUGCUCAAAUUUUUUUUUAACAUUAUCAGUCAUCUUUAUUUUUUCUUUCUAUAGAAAAGCUUAUGAUAACUUUUAAAUAGGUACUAAUGUACUAUAUAUUUACUUUUCAUUGGACUCCCGUUACAACUAUAUUGACAUUCAAUACUCCGCAAAAAUCACUGAUUCGGCAUGGAAGUGAUCUCAAAGGUGUAAGGUCAAAAAAUAUGGUGUAACCAACCCAUGAAAGAUGACAAUGGAGGAAAAAGUUCUGAAAUGGCAAAAAUUUUCUGAAGAGGGACUGGACCUGGACUACGCGGUGCUUCUGCCACGUGAUGCGGCCUCGCAUCUGUUGCAGCAGCUGGAGCGGGUGGUGACUUACCUGCCCCCGGAGGUUGCCAGGGUCAGAGUGUUUGGUCGAUGGCACCCUAUUCCACGGCAACAAGUAAUCCUCAUUUCGCAUGUCUACCGUUCUUCAACCACACCUUCACACUCUCUUCUGUGCACCGUCCAUAUUCAUAUGUUCAGGUUUUCUGGGAAUACAAUAUUUGCGGGCGAAUGGCCGUGUGUCGUGAGAGAGCUGAGAGACCAUCUGUACAAGGUCACGGGCGAGUUCUACAACUUUGUGCUUGUCAACAGAUACCGUAAUGGUGAUGACCACAUGGGGGAACACAGAGAUGAUGAAAGUGAACUGGAUCCCUCUGCUCCAAUUGCUUCUGUGUCCUUGGGGCAAUCUCGUCAGUUUGUGCUCAGACACAAAGAUGCUAGGAAGAAAGGUCCAGACAGAAGGAAUAUUUCACCAGUAAAAAUCACAUUAGAACAUGGAAGCCUUCUGAUGAUGAAUCCACCAACAAAUCAGUAUUGGUACCAUUCACUGCCUCGUCGGAAGAACUGCCCUGGUGUUAGAGUCAACCUUACAUUUAGGCGUAUCAUCAAAAACCCUUAACAAGUGUAAGAAAAUCAAGAUAAUUGUGUUGAAAAUGUAAUCUCAUCUCAAAGAUAGGAAAUAUAUUUUGUAAUUAUAUUAAAAAUAAACUUUGUAUAAUUGAUGAUGUAAAAAUCUCAUUUAAAAUUUUAAAACAAACAA